CCGUUCCGCCGCCAGAGCUCUGUGAUCAGAAGCACUUUGGAGUGCGUCCCGCGCGGUAACUUGAUCGGUGUUAUUUUGUUAGCUUUUUAUUCGAGCGAGACCAGAGUAAAGCGGUGCGUCGGUUAAUUUGAUACUCUGAAAAAGAAAAAGGGAAAAGUAUGGCCAAACUUUGGACAGCACUAACUCGUCGCAAGACGGACGACGUGAACGAAGGAGAGUCCCAGCUGGCCCGAGUCCUCAAUCUGUUUGAUCUGACAGCCUUGGGAGUGGGCAGUACCUUGGGAUUGGGUGUUUAUGUCCUAGCCGGUCAAGUGGCAUAUAACAUUGCCGGUCCUGCUGUAACCAUAUCCUUUCUGAUCGCAGCCAUUGCGUCGGCUUUUGCGGGUAUCUGCUAUGCCGAGUUUGCAGCACGCGUUCCCAAGGCAGGAAGUGCUUAUGUUUAUAGUUAUGUUACUAUCGGCGAAUUCGUGGCUUUUACUAUUGGAUGGAACCUUAUACUGGAAUACGUUAUUGGCACGGCUUCUGUGGCUCGCGGUCUUAGUGGUUAUUUUGAUUCAUUAAUCAAUAAUGAUAUGUCGAAAGCAUUGAACGAGUCGAUGCACAUUAACGUAGAUUUUCUUGGAGACUAUCCGGACUUUCUUUCGUUUGGAAUGGUAUUGCUGCUUGCCGCUAUUCUGGCAUUUGGCGCGAAGGAGUCUAGUUUUUUGAAUAAUAUUUUCACCACUGUCAACUUGGUCACAAUCUGCAUUGUGCUGGUGGCCGGGGCCAUGAAUGCUAAUGUAGAGAACUGGCGCAUUUCGGAAAAGGACGUGCCCGAGGGUUUCGGUACCGGUGGAUUUAUGCCUUUCGGUAUCGCCGGAGUUAUGGCUGGUGCAGCAAAAUGUUUUUAUGGUUUUGUAGGCUUCGACUGUAUUGCUACUACCGGCGAGGAAGCCAUUAACCCCAAGCGCAACAUUCCUUUGUCCAUUGUGGUCUCGCUGAUUAUCAUAUUCCUGUCCUACUUCGGUGUGUCAACGGUUCUAACCAUGAUGUUGCCCUAUUACCUGCAGGAUAAGGAUGCACCCUUCCCUCACGCCUUUGACUCCGUUGAGUGGUACACGAUCAAAUGGAUUGUGACUAUCGGAGCUGUCUUUGCGCUUUGCACUAGUUUACUGGGAGCUAUGUUUCCGCUGCCCCGAAUUCUUUACGCUAUGGGAAAUGACGGGAUCCUUUUCAAGAAGCUUUCGACUGUUAAUAGUUAUACGAAGACACCCCUUUUGGCAACUGUAGUAUCAGGCAUAUUUGCAUCUAUUAUGGCCUUGCUAUUCAACCUGGACCAACUGGUGGACAUGAUGUCCAUUGGCACACUGCUCGCUUAUACUAUAGUAGCCAUCUGUGUGCUGGUGCUGCGCUACCAGGACGAAGAGAUGACCAAAGUUGUGUCUGUGAAAGCACCAAACGUGUUUCGACAAUUCUUUAAUGGCAACUCGUACCGUGAGCCCAAUUCGAUGACCUCGGCCAUAACAAAGGUUGGCAUCGUGGUUUUUGCAAUAUUUUGCCUAGUAUGGUGCUCAUUACAAAAGGUGUUCGACAUGGAAUCCACCGGCGGAAUCGUAUCCCUAAGUGUGAUAGGAGCGGUUUUAAUCGUAAUAUGCGUCGUGAUUGGAAUGCAGCCAGUUUCAACCAUUGAGCUUACUUUCAAAGUACCUCUUGUGCCUUUCGUACCCUGCUUGAGCGUCUUUGCGAACUUGUACCUAAUGUUCCAGCUGGACUUGAACACAUGGAUUCGCUUUCUUAUCUGGAUCGUUAUUGGUUAUGUUAUCUACUUCAGCUAUGGGAUGCGUAAUUCUACCCAAAUUUCUCGGUCUCGCAAUCACGCAGAGCUGGCCGCCAACGCAAUGCAACGACAGGGCCAACAUGAGAAUCCCGCCUUUGAACCGGACUGCAAGGCGGAAACUGGUCAACUGCCGCCACCGUAUGAAUUUUCAGAAAAACUGUAGGCGUGACCCUAAAAGUAUUAUCGCUCCCCUUCCCUGUUAGGUCACACUGUUUUGUUUAAACUUUAUUCGGUCUUGGCAUCUUUCCUUUAAUAUAAAAAAGACUCCUCAGCCCCCUUAGCCAGAACGCUUAUGUGAGAGAGAUAAAUAGAUUGCGCAUGGAAAUUAAACAGAUUUGCACCUAAACCAAUCCGAAGCCCAAUGUCCCCUAGUCGUGGAAAUUUGUUAUUUCUAUGCGCGUAGAGAGAGCUCAUAACAGACUCUAUUUUACCAUUUCACUGAUUUCUUACCAUUUUUUCCAACUAAAUGUCCCCAAAAACCAAUUCUACAGUGAUGUCCGUAUAAUGUGAUAUUUGUAAAUGUACUAUUACUAUUACCAAAUGUAAUAUUACUAAUGUAAUAUUGGUCGCAUAUUUGUCACAAUUUAUAUAUUUAUAAGGGGGUAGAAAAAUAUGAUAAA